AUGUCGUCUCGAGACCGUGGGCAGACUCAGAUGGAGGCUGAUCUGAUGGACCUCGAAGCGUUUGGGCCCCCGACCCCGUCGAAAGGUGGCAGUGGUCUCAGUGCGACGCCGCGCAAGGGGAAGCAGUACGGGCCGUGCAUGGUCUGCGGGUUGCUGAAACCCGACAUGCCCUCGAACAGCAAGUUCUGCUGGGAUGACAAGAGGACGUUCGACGCGAUGAUGAAGCAAACCAAGGACCAGGACAAGAAGAACGGCAACGCCGAGGGUCAGGACAGGCUCAACAAGAUGAAGGACGAGGCUGGCGAUCCCCCCAGCGAUUUCAGCAACGCAAUCGUCGACUUCGCCACUCAAAGCCCAGCGACGGGGAGAGGCGUGAAGCGCACCGCGGUUGACAUGAUGCAGUUGUUGAGCAAAUACUCCGCCAAGACGCAGCUGCGCCAAGAGACCAAGAAGGUCAAGAUGCACAAGGCCCGAUGGAUGAAGUUGGCGACCGAGCAGUUCAUGUUCCCUGCUCACAUUGCCGAGGCGGAAUGGACCAAGGCAAAGAACGAGACGCCGCUCAAGCUGCAAGAUAAUCAGGGCCCUGAGGGCGAGUUGCGCUUGCCGAUGCCCGUCGAGGAGGCAAUCGUCGCAGCGAACAUCUCAGAGCACGAGAGGUCCAUGGUGUUGGAGUCGAAGAAGAGGAGGGUCACAGGCGAGCAGCAGGUGGAGGAGGGGCGAUCCAGCUUGGUCGAGGGCCACGCGAGCUUCAACGACUCGAUGUUCGACAACGUGGGAGGUGGUGCGUUCGCACACGGUGGCGGCUUUAUUUCGGGAUCGGGCUGUGGUUCUUUCAGCGGCUUCUCCGACGGCGCGAGCACGUCAUCCGCAGGAAUGGUCGUGAUCAACGCCAGCGCCGACAAAAAGCCGACACAGAAGCAAGAGAAGGCGUGGGACGAAAUCAAUCGCUUGAAGCUGCAAGAUUUCAUCAAGGAGAAGUCCAAGGACGGCGUUACCAAGAUCACGCAGGUCUUCUUAUCCUCGGAGAAGGCUUACAAUGAUACAGCGCAGCGCAUCUUCGGUGAUGGCGCCGUCGAGAAUCAGCUCAGGUAUGUGGACGUGAUGUUGAAUCGCAUGGACUUCUUGCGCUUCAUAUUUGUCCACCCGGGGAACGAGAACGAGGAGAGCUUCGGGCUGAUGGGAGUCCUCGACGGGGCAGGUAAGACCUCACUCCAGGCUGCGGUAAAGGCGCUGGCCGUGGUGGAUGCGGCGCUGGAGGCGACGCCAGACCCAGACCCAAACACGUUGAAGAUCGUUCCAGCGGCGGACGUGCUGAAUAAGAUCAAGUUGGCGCAGCAGGCCUUGGCAAGCACAUCAACAACAGGACAGUGCAAGUCGCUCUUCACGAAAGCCGGGUGGGACAACACCAACGCGAAGUUCGGAGAUGGCAGCGGCUUCACUCAGAUGGAGUUCCAUCGGUUUGCACGAAGCGUCCGCGAGGUGCGGUACCAACUCGAGACUACGCUGAAGGUCAUGAAGACUAAGACCUACACAGGGGCCAAGAUUGAAAAUAUUACAGCCAUCAUGAACAGCGACGGGAUGCAGGAGAUCGUGAAGCAGCCCUUCGUCCAGUCUGCGCUCAAGUCCAUGGGGUGGACCUCGGCCGAUGCAGAUGAUGGUGCCGUCAAGCUCGGUGGCCCGACUUCCCCCCUCUUCGAGAGCGGCAUAGUGCAAUUUAAGGAGUUGCUCAAGCUCUCGUUCUGCUCGCGCCUCAGCAAAUUCCGCUUGCUCUCUCUCAUCGCCGCGAAGAAAGAUCUGGGCGCGGCGAUGCCGAUCACCAACCCCGAGGACUUGCCCGUGUUCUAUCGGUUUAACGAGUUCGACAUGAUGGCCAAGUACGCCACAACGGAGGACCAGGGCCACGCCGUGAAGAAAGCAGUGACCGAUGCCACCGCCUUGAUUGCUAAGCUUACGAAGGUCUGCUGCGCUGGCAUCUCAGAGUGCCUGAACAACGUCUCAGGGUUUGACAAAAAGCAGGAGAAGGAGCGGGAGGCUUUGAGGAAGCAGGCGGAUGCCGAGGCACUGAAGAAAUCGAAGGAGGAGGAAAAGAGAGCAAGUGCCGCGGCCAAGAAGAAGGCUCAGGAGCGCCAGAACAUCAAGCAAGCCGAGGUGGCGCUGCUAAACCAAGUGCAUGAAGUGAUUGAGGACAUCCGUAAGUUCGACACCGCGGCAGAUGUGAAGGACGCGCUUACCACGAAGAGCAUCGAUACCAAUGUGGGCAUCCCGUACAUCGUAAUGAAGCACAACUGCAUGUCCAAGAUCGUACAAGAACGCUCGGUCAAAGCGGCAGUGGGAGUCUUCAAGAUCCAAUACCCCAGCUCAGUGCAAGCCGGUAAAGAUGGCCGCGGGCAGACCCCGUUCGCCAACGAGCAGAAGGACCACAUCCGCAAGGCCAUGCUCGAGACCGGACCAGGGGCGACGAUCAAGUACAAGUCCACCGGAGCGAACGACCCGAACACGCUGGCCGUGAAGGCAGUCGAGUCGGUCAGCUUGUUCGCGUGCUCGUCGGGGGCUUCGUAUACGGGCUUGGAGAAGCAUGGGCUUGCGACGGUGCGUUACACGAUCGCAGGCCAGCGCGAAUAUGCAGUGUUGUCGUGGACGGACCUGCUGGCCUACGCCACGAAAGUGGGCACGGAGAUGAAGGACUCCAGCACCAUCGAGGAGUUCACCCAGGGGAUCGUCAACUCUUUGAACUCCAAGGAAAGCCUCGACGUGUACAAAGAGGCUGGCGGGAAGAUCUACAGAGGCAUCGCUGGCCCAGAAUCCACUUCCUUCUUGCCGAUGGGGUGCAUCAUCGUUGAGCGCACGCUCGACGAUUCCAAUGUCAUCGGCUUCCGCACAGGCUCGCUGUAUUCGUCCACGGCCCCCAUGGAGUCAUUCAAGUCCUACGCCGAGUGCUACAAGAACGUCCAUGGAGUUGAAAAUCCAGUGUCGAAGUUCUGGUCGAUGUUGCAGGGCAUGAUUGAGCCCAGU